UGACCAGUGUACAUUAUUAAGAAAGGCGGGCAAGACGUUUUUUUUCUCUGAUAAAAUAUCUCUGAGCAGCUUGACGAGAUGCGCACAAAAUUAGUCAGCAAGAGGAAUUCGUCGUGAAACUACCAAAAAUUAUAUGAUUUAAAUCAUGGCUUAGCAAAAGCAAGCUUUUUUUAUCUGUGUGGAUUUUUUCUCGUCGCACACGAAAAACAAUGGGCUGCGGAUCAGAGGCUGUCAAAUAUUUGCUAUUUGCUUUCAAUCUGGUGUUUUGCCUCGGAGGGAUAGCUUUACUGGUGCUGGGAUCAAUCAUCCAAUGGAACAUUGAAAAUUAUGGCUCACUUUUCCCAGGAGACGUGGCGUUGCCCGGUAUAAUACUGAUUAUCGUCGGCGGAAUCACGUUUGUCGUGGCCUUUGUAGGAUGUUGCGGCGCAAUCAGAGAGUCGGUUUGCUUGAUUUUGACAUUCGCAAUUUGCCUCAUGGCGUUGUUUAUUCUGCAAGUGACGGGAGGAAUUUUGGCAAUAGUCUUUCAAUCGGACAUAGCUUUAUUUUUGAAGGACUCGAUGAGGUACGCGAUGCAAUUAUAUCCGCUCCCCGAUGAAGAGGCAGCUCGUAAGGCUUGGGACCAAGUUCAAAAUGACUUUCGCUGCUGUGCGAUUGACGACCCUUGGGAAUGGCUCGACUACAUGAAUGAAUACCCCGAGUCGUGCAAGUGCCCUGCGACCGACGUUAGGUGUAUUGGUGGAAUAUGGGCCUUUGGCUGUUUCAAGGAUCUGUCGGGCUGGCUAGUUCUGAUGCAGAAUGUCCUCGGUGGAAUUGCAGUGACGUUUGCGCUAUUUGGUGCCAUUUUCGCCAUAUGCUUAGGAACGGCCGUACGAAGGAGAAUGCACACCGCGUACAGUUCCGAGAUGGACGCCUGACUGGAAAAAUCUGUUAUUUAUUUAUUAUUUGUGCUCUCUGGUUAAUAAAUGAGGUUGAAUUGUAGAGAUUA